CGCUAGCAGCCGCGGCCCAGCGCACCACAGACAUGCCGACCGAAGACUAUGACUCCAAGCCCAGCUGGGCUGACCAGGUGGAGGAGGAAGGAAUAGACCCAGAACCCAUAAGUCCACCAGUCACCAAGGUCCAACAAGAUCCAGCCAGCUUUGUUCUGGACACUCCUCAAGAGGUCAUCAAUGGUAAAAUCAAAACUAUCACAGAGUACAAGCUGAAUGAUGAAGGCAAGAAAAUCAAGAUUGUUCGCACUUUUAAAAUAGAAACACUCAAAGCAUCCAAAGUUGUUGCUCAUAGGAAGAAUUGGAAAAAAUUUGGCAAUUCAGAAUAUGAUCCUCCUGGUCCAAAUGUGGCCACCACCACAGUCAGCGACGAUGUCCUGAUGACAUUUAUCACCAGCAAAGAGGAUCUGAAUAACCAAGAAGAAGAGGAUCCAAUGAAUAAACUGAAGGGCCAAAAGAUUGUAUCUUGUCGAAUCUGUAAGGGUGACCAUUGGACCACAAGGUGCCCCUACAAGGACACACUGGGUCCCAUGCAGAAAGAACUGGCUGAGCAGCUGGGAUUGUCCACAGGAGACAAGGAGAAGGCACCAGGGGCAGAGCCGGAGCCAGCCCAGGCACCUGUUAGCAAGACUGGAAAAUAUGUUCCCCCCAGCCUGAGAGACGGAGGAAGCAGGAGAGGGGAGUCUAUGCAGCCUAAUCGCAGAGCCGACGACAAUGCCACAAUCCGCGUCACAAACUUAUCCGAAGACACACGGGAGACUGAUCUCCAGGAGCUCUUUAGACCAUUCGGAUCGAUUUCUCGAAUCUACUUGGCCAAAGACAAGACCACCGGGCAGUCAAAGGGUUUUGCCUUCAUCAGUUUCCACCGCCGAGAGGAUGCAGCUCGCGCCAUCGCAGGAGUCUCGGGCUUUGGCUAUGAUCAUCUUAUUCUCAAUGUGGAAUGGGCCAAGCCCUCGACCAACUGAUGGGAAGCAGCUUCCUGUGCGGCAGAGAAAGAUGAUUUUAUAGUCUUGUGUUAGAUUGCAGAGCAAAUAAAAGAACUGAAAAGGC